AAAAAAUAUUACCACCGACCACCCCAUUUUUCUCGUCCGUCGAAAUCUUUAGCUAACGUCCCCCGUCGGCAUAACCUGUCGCAGCCGAAUGGAAAGGAGGCGGCUGCAUUGCCCGUCGGCGUUGAUUUGUUGCGGGGACGGUGUAAGCUUUUCGCCCAGCUCAGCAUCAGUGAAAAUGGCUCCGGCUAACGACUGGAAAACAGCACGCAGAAAUGAAAGCCGACGAUAGCUGGCUAGGCGGUAAGAAGAAGGCGUGACAGGCCUCAUCCAUCUACAACUGUGCUUUGCGACUGGAUGCGUAGGAUUUGCUGAUUUGCAUUAAAAUGAGAGCCCGUCAAACAUGUGAUAGAUUAUCUUCCUCGUCUGCCAAGGGAACUCACUUCCCUCUACAUUCAUCGCAGCGAUUAGAGGAAACGGUAAGAUUUUACAAGCGAAAGGAACUUCUUGGCUGAACAAGGAUGAGGAAUCUUGCUUAGAUGAAGGAAAUGUCAACGCAGUAACUCUCACAGGAAAAAAAGAAGUCAUUUAAACUGCUUCUCAUUAAAAAAAAACUUUUAAAAGCAAUUUUGAAAUUAGGUGGAACUUCUUUACUUGUCUUAAAGACAUUUUGCCUUUUGAUCAUAAACUCAUCUUUCUGGCUACCCACUCAUUUUGGAAGUCGAGUGUGGGCAGCGGAUAAUCAACAGGAACUAGGACACCAGAAGUAAACAUCUGGAGAGACAAACGUUUUAUCUAAGACAUUUAAGUAGUUUUUGAAAAUUGUAUUAUAACUUCCCCUUUAGGGUAAAGCAUUUUUUUCAAGAGUCAUUCUUUGGAUUAUUGUUGCCGCUCCUUGCUUUGAAGGUUUGGCCCUACAACCCCAUGUGCCAGUGAGUGGGAAAUGUUCCAAUUUGGAAAAUACAAUCUGGACAUUAUAGAGAUGUUAAGUGGGCACCAGGCCCACCAGUUCAAAGGCCUCGGUUUAGAUCGACAACUUCAACAUCAACAGCAAGUGCAACUCCACCAGCAUCAACUCCAGCAGCAGCAGCAGCAGCAGGCUGAAUCUUCUGGAGCUCUUCUGUCUGGACUUGGCUUGGGCCCCCUGCAGGGGUCAAGAGGCUACCAUGAUGACCAUCGUUCUCAAGGUAAUCCAUCUCCAUGCUACUCUGGUGCCUCCCCCUGUGGAAGUGGGAUGGCGGGCCCAGCUCUGAGAAAGGCACCCUUGGCUCCAACACUGCAUCCACACUCACAGAGCCACAACCAGCACCACCAUCCGCAGCAACAACCCCACCUGCCCCUUUCUUCUCUACUGGAUGACUCAGAGGAUGAUGUUACUAGCUCUGUCAAUAAUGCAAUCUCUGCUAUAACAGCAGCUAGUAACAGUGGAAAUAGAGGGGAUGAUAGGGGAGACAUCAUAGGAGGUCUACUAGGUGGUCUUGGUUUGGGUCCUCUGGGCUCACCCUCAACAACUUCUGGUAUGGAUAAGAAUUUCAGAGGAGGUGGGAGCCAGGAGGCUAUGAACAGCAACCCGCAGAAUCCUACGGCUAAACCAAAACGUCCCCGCAAACCUAGAGCUAAGAAAGAUCCUGCAGUGGCUGGACAGCCCCCCAAACGUAGGCAAUAUACUCCCAGAAUGGGGCCCAGCGGGCUCCCACGCACUCACCUCUGCAGUGUCUGUGGUAAGGGGUUUGCACGCCGCGAGACACUACGCCGGCAUGACCGCAUUCAUACUGGGGAAAAACCCCAUCACUGCAAUGUUUGUGGAAAGUAUUUUAGAGAGGCUUUUCAUCUUAGCAAGCAUCAAACAGUCCACUCUGGGGCAAAGAAUUACAAAUGCAGCAUAUGUGGGAAAGAGUUUGGAUACUCCCAGAGCCUCAGGAGGCACAGCAAACUACAUCAGAAAGGGGAGUUGGAAGAGGUGCCCACAACACCAGCUCCUGAGAACCUAAACAGCUUUAACCCAAACCCUCAAUGUAGCGUGGCCCAAGAUAGGAGCCAAAACCCAGCACCAAGCACCUCCUCCUAUUAUUCCUACCCUCAAGACGUUAAGCCUCAAGAUACCAACACCCAGCAACAGCCUCCACCACCCCAAACACAGCCACCCCCUCCCCCUCGACUUUACACCUGUGCAAUCUGCUGGAAGUCGUUCCGCCAUCACUUUCAUUUGACUGCCCAUCACCAGACGGUUCAUGAAGGUGGGGGGGAAAAGCUCUUCUGCUGUGAGGUAUGUGGGAAAGCAUUUGCUUACUCCAAUAGCCUCACCCGACAUAGGCAAUCACAGCAUGGGAUGACCCGCAAUGACUCAUCCAACCCACAAGAAGGCAACAGUGGGUCUGGAGAUAACAGAGGUGGGAGUGAUGUCAAUCAAUCAGCAUCAGAGAGUGAGGCUGCCACCAAUGCUCUCCUGCAAAUGGCUCCUUCUACUGAAGGCCAUGGAGCGCAGAGUCUCAGUGUUGUCACUCAUAGCCAUCAACAGGCACCUCCACAACCACCAUCUGGAUACUCUCCUCUCUUUUAUGAUGCUGCUCAUUCUUCAGCCUCUAACCCUCCAUCGUACUCACAGCCUCUGCCUCCAAACUCUACAAUAAUGCCCCCCCAGCACCCUCAUUCCCCAGCCGGGGUGAAAGGAGAGCACAUAUAUCCAGCUGGAUCCCGUAGCCGUACGCUUCACACCACAGCCCCUUUCCAGCCCCUCACGGAACUGCCCUCCACUGAACAUCAUCAUUUGCAUCACCAUCAUCAUCACUCCCAACAUCAUCCUCAUCAUCAGUCAGGUGCCCAGUCCCAUCAACACCUUGACUGCAGCAACCAAUUAAUGCACGAUGACAUGAGACGAUACAAGAAGAAAAAAAAAAAGUCCAACCAGAGAGAUUGGAGGGAAAAUAAGUGGGAAUCCAACAAUUUAGUAAGACUCGACGGAAGCAAAAAAAAAAAGAUAAGUUGUACAAUAAGAGGGCAGUUGACUAAAAAACAAGGCUCUCUUCGUUUGACAAUUCGACGAGGAGGCGGAUCAGGUGGUGGUGGAUAUAAGCUUGUCAACACUGGGGGCAUGAAGGUGCAGAUCCUGUCGUCUCUUAAAGUCCCUGUGAAACGUUUUGGCUGUCCUAAAUGCCCCAAUUCUGUGUUUUCACGCAAAGCAGGAUUGCUAGUCCACAUGGCAGUAAAACAUAGACAAAGAGGCUUGACCACUCUGGAGCGACUGAGGUGCAGUGUGUGUGGGAAGCAUUCUCACAGGGCUUUGGCAGCCUUCAUCCAUCGGGCCUCCCAUCGUGCCAGAGGGACUUUCUCCUGCCGACGUUGCUCUACUCGCUUCUGGAACGCUACACUUCUGAAACGGCACAAGGUUUCUUGCCGCCGCAGGGCGAAAGGACUGCAGCGAGGAGAUGCUAAUAGGCUGAAGCUUUCAAAGAGACCAGGAGAGAGUCAGACCCACGAGGGUCAGGAGGAGGUGCCAUUCCUUCAGGGACCAUACAGAUACUGAGCAUCAUUGUAUCUGGCACAGGUGGCAUUCAUGAGGGAUAUUUCAGUUCUAAAAUGGGAAGGUGAUAAAAAAAAAAAGGGACUUGAAAAGGCUUAUGCUGCCUUUAGAAGAAUUUGCUUCAUGUCUCAUUUGAAAUUUAUUUUGCUUAUUAUUAGAAUGAGUGUGUUAACAACUACUGUAAAACAUUCUAUAAGAUAUCACCAGAAAUUCUUCCAGAUUAUAUUGGAAGAUGUUUUCAAAAGAUGUGACUGUUUCCAUAGGUUCAUUAACCCCUUAAGUGCAUUGACAAUGCUUGGCUGACACUGUGCAGUUACCAGAAAAGUUUAGGUGAUUUGACCUGCUAAUGUAUCUCUCCCCAUAACUAGAAUCCCUGCUACAUCUCUUGCUGUAUGAUAAACGUCUCUGCUGUGUACUCUGUCUUGUUGUUGUUCACUUAGAGGCUCUGAGGAUUUUUUACUAAUGUAAAGUGCAUUAUUUAGGAAUAGGGACAUUGGGACAAAGACCUUUGUUGAUAGUUUGUCAGUGCAUGUUUGUUCUCUGGUCAAGUUUUUUGCGGAGGUUGUGAAAUCACUCCUACAGUAUGUGAUGGUUUAUUCAGUAUAUCCCCAGAAGUUUGUAGUGAUAAAUCUGAUUUGAAAGUGGCUCUAUAUUCCCUAGUAAUUUAAUCAUGCAUAGAAUAAAUGUCAAGUUGCUGGUAAUUAGCAUUACAAGGAUCCCUCUUCUGCCAAAACGAAGAAACUUACAAAAGCCUUGCUUAGUAUAUUCACUUUACUUCAUUUAUUUAAAAUAUUCCUAGCUUUUAUACCAAGAGAUUUAAAACAGGCUAAACAAGUGAACUGUGACACAUGUUUAUCUCAUGUAAUUUGUAUGCUCUUUUUAGCAGUGAUUAUUUCUACAGUAAUCCACAGUGUGUUUAAGGAAGGACCUAUCACAGUAGAAACAAGUGUAAUAUUCCAUGUAUUCAUGUGUGUAACCCAAUCAGUCUUCUUGCCAAUAUUAUACUUAACCCCUUCUAUGUUUUACUUUUUGCUGGGUUGCAAUCAUAUUCUUACUGUCAUGCCUUGUUUUUUUUGUUUCUUUGUAUGUUUUAAUAACAUCUUGUCACUAUCCACAUAUGAAAUGGUCAUACCCCUGUCAAGCCUUUUUUUUUCUUCUAAAGGAAAAUGAUAGUUUUAGUAGAUUUUUAUCACAUUAUUUACUGAGAAGUCAGUAGUUGAUUACAUUUCAGCAAUGAAUAAACCUUAAGUGUAACCAGUC